CUGACCGAGAGUUCAACAAAGAGUAUAAGUGGAUUAUAUUUUGGUAUAUUAAAAUAAUCAUUUGUAAGAUCAGUGAUCAGUGUCUCCUGUACCAGUCACGUAGAUUUAAUCAUGCUCGCUAUCUUGUUGGGUUCAAUUUUAUUUCUAUUUGCAUUACAUUGUGUUAUAAGAUAUAGAAGAGUGGGAAGACUUUUAAGUCUUAUUYCAGGACCUCAGGAAUAUCCAAUAAUUGGAAGUAUGCAUCAUUUUCAAAUUAAAAAUGAACAUUUACUUCAGCAACUGUGGAGAUUAAGUAAUGAACAUUACCCAAUAUUCAAAAUAUGGGGCUUCUUUUUUUCUACAGUAUUUUUACUCGAUCCAGAUGAUAUUCAGGAAUUACUGAAGAGCAAGAAAUAUAUGGAAAAAGGAGUCUUUUACACAUAUCUUAGGCCCUGGCUUUCUUCUGGAUUACUAAUAAGCGGCGGUAAAAAAUGGCACAUACGACGGAAAAUGUUAACUCCUGCAUUUCACUUCAAUAUCCUUACACAUUACUUUAUUAAUUUACAUGAGGAGUCACAAAAUCUUGUCGAAUCUCUUAAAAAGGAAGGAGAUGGAGGCCCUGUCGUCAAAGAUUUACGAACAUUUAUCAGCAAGUACACCCUCAACGCAAUAUGCCAAACAGCAUUGGGUACCAAGUUGACAGAAAAAAGUGAGCUGGAAUCUGAAUAUCGUAAUGCCGUUCAUGUUUAUGGCCAAAUUGUUGCACAAAGACUCUUUAGACCUUGGUACUUCUCCGAAACAAUAUUUGCAUUUACACCACUUGGUAGAGUACAAAAAGAAGCGUUGAAAAUGUUGCACAAUUUUUCGAGAAGUAUAAUAGCGGAAAGGAAACGUUUUCACAAACAAACUAAUGGGAAAUAUUUGAAAAUCUAUGAGAAUAUUAAGGAGGAUGACGUUUUUAAUAAGGAUCCGGAGAAGGACGAUGAGUAUUCGCAGUCCAAGAAAAGACUUUCUAUGUUAGAUCUGCUUAUAGCCGCAUCUUGGAGAGAUAAUCAAAUAGAUGAGGAAGGAAUUCGUGAAGAAGUUGAUACCUUCAUGUUUGGAGGUCACGACACUAUUGCAAGUGCACUGACUUUUGGUUUGAGUCUUUUUGCUAAGCACAAAGAUGUGCAGAAAAAUAUAAGAGACGAGGUUAAAUCGAUUAUGGAAGAAGAUAAUAAUUUGACGAUAUCGUCGUUUCCAAAACAUUCGUAUUUGGAGAGAUGUUUAAAAGAAACGCUUCGUUUGUAUCCAAGCGCUCAUUUCAUUUCUCGGCAAAUUUCUCAUGAUUUGCAGCUAAAACAUUAUUUAAUUCCAUCUGGUACAAYAUUUGGAGUGAACAUAUAUAGCGUGCACAGAAAUCAAGAAUAUUGGCCAAAUCCAAAUAUUUUUGAUCCGGAUAGAUUUUUACCGGAAAAUAUCAAAGGUCAACAUCCCUACUCCUACAUACCAUUUAGUGCGGGGCCGAGAAACUGUAUUGGUCAAAAAUUGGCAAUGAACGAGCUUAAACUCAUGGUGUCUUUUAUAUUGUAUAAUUUUGAAUUGGAACCAGUUGAUGAGCUAGAUGACGUUACAUUUUCGGCAGAACCUACUUUGGCUCCGUCUAAACCACUUCGAAUCAAAUUUAUACCAAUUACAUAGAUAUUUUUAUACGUAUUAUACCCUUUACCAUAUAAGACAAAAUUUUAAUGAAAUUGAAUUUUAUUGAAAUUAAUUAUAUUCAUUUUAUGGAGAAUAUAUAAUGGAAAAGUGCGGGGUGCGCACGGAU